AUGACAUCGGAGAAGAAAUCUGAUGAGUCCAACUUGGUAGUUGACGACUCCAUCUUGUCGCCACCAGCACAAAAGCAAACGCUAUGGUCAUCAUUCAAAGAUUCAUUCAAACCAGCUAUAGAAACCGACCACACCUUGAAAACCAAUUACGACCCGGUCGAUGUGGAAAAGUUGACUGAUUUGGAAAAGAUCAACCUCAACUCGGCCAACUCGAGUCUACGUCGUGACUUGAAAGCAAGGCACUUGCAAAUGAUUUCUAUUGGAUCAAGUAUAGGUACUGGGUUGUUUGUUGGUACGGGGACGGCAUUGAAUACAGGUGGACCUGGAGCAAUUAUGAUUGCUUGGGUGGUUACUGCUACCGCGGUAUUCGCCACGAUGCAAGGGUUGGGUGAGUUGGCCACUACAUUCCCUAUUAGUGGUGGAUUCAAUGUAUAUGCCAGUCGAUUUAUUGAGCCUGCAGUGGGGUUUGCAGUGGGGUGGAAUUACUUUAUGCAAUUCUUUGUCUUGCUACCGUUGGAAUUGGUCGCUGCUGCCAUCACAAUCCAGUAUUGGAACUCGAGUAUAAACUCGGAUGUAUUUGUGAUUAUCUUUUGGCUUGUUAUUACUUUUAUCACAAUGUUGGGAGUUAAAGCUUAUGGUGAAGCUGAGUUUAUAUUUUCCACGAUUAAAGUUUUAGCAGUUAUUGGAUUCAUUAUAUUGGGCAUUGUUUUGAUUGCUGGUGGUGGACCAACUCAUGAGUUUGUAGGGGGGAAAUAUUGGCGUAAUCCUGGUCCAUUUGCGUCUGGUUUCAAAGGAGUUGCAUCAUGCAUUGUCACAGCCGCAUUUUCGUAUGGUGGUACUGAAAUGAUUGGAUUGACUGCUAGUGAAACAUCGAAUGUCCGCAAAGCAUUACCAAGAGCCAUAAAACAAGUGUUCUGGAGAAUUGUGCUCUUUUAUUUUGGCUCGUUGACAAUGAUUUCAUGCUUGGUUCCGUAUAAUGACAAGAGAUUGCUAGGACUGAGUUCAGUAGAUGCAUCAGCUUCGGCAUUUACAAUUGCAAUUAUCAAUGGUGGAAUCAAGGGAUUGCCCAGUGUUAUCAAUGCCGUCAUUUUAAUUUCUGUGUUAUCUGUGGGAAAUGCAUCGGUGUAUGCUACAUCAAGAUCAUUAAACUCACUAGCCGAGCAAGGAAUGGCUCCCAAAUGGAUGGGGUACGUUGAUCGUGCUGGUAGACCAUUGGUGGCUAUUGGUCUCACCAAUGCAUUUGGAUUAUUCGCAUUGAUUGCCGCCGACGACGAUGCGCAAGAGUCUGCGUUUGAUUGGUUAUUAGCGUUAUCUGGACUUUCGUCCAUUUUCACCUGGAUGAGUAUCAACUUGAGUCAUAUCAGGUUCAGAGCAGCAUUAAAAGCACAGGGAAGGACGACUGAUGAAUUGCCAUUUGUUGCCCAGUCCGGAGUUUUGGGAUCAUAUUAUGGACUCAUACUCAAUAUUCUUUUCCUUAUAGCUCAGUUCUGGAUCGCAUUGUUUCCAUUGGGAUCGGAUCCCAGUGCUUAUAAUUUCUUCUUGUCAUAUUUGGGAUUCCCAGUUAUUCUUGUGUCUUGGAUCGGUUACAAGAUCUGGAAACGUAAUUUGAAACUAUAUUUAAAAGCUGAUGAAAUUGACAUUGAUACUGGACGUGCUAAUGUUGACUUGGAAUUGUUGCAACAACAGUUGGCUGAGGAGAAAGCCGAGUUAGCUGAAAAGCCAUUUUAUUAUAGGGUAUAUAGGUUCUGGUGUUGA